AUGACCGAUCUAACCACCAUAUCAGAUCUUCCUCUAACCGAAGGAGAAGUUCGUUAUGUACUUCGAAAUCUUGACGAAGAGAAAGCAACUGGUCCUGACAAAAUCCCAGCAGUAUUACUAAAAAACUGCGCGGCUAGUAUAGCUCCAUCAUUAUGUAAACUUUUCAACAAAAGUUUAUCGUCUGGUCAACUUCCGUCAGAAUGGAAGCUGUGUAAUGUUUGUCCAAUCCCAAAGAAAAGUCCACUUCAUGAAGUUUCCAAUUAUAGACCAAUUUCACUUCUGUCGUUAGUCUCGAAGGUAUUUGAACGUUGCAUAUACAAUAGACUUAUAGAUCAUAUCUCCAGCAAACUGAAUGAGUUACAAUAUGGUUUUCAAAGAGGCAAGUCUACCAUUUCCCAGCUUUUACAUGUUCUUCACAACAUUCAUGAAAUGCUUGAAAAAGGAUGCCAAGUGGACACGAUUUACCUCGACUUUGCGAAAGCAUUUGACAAAGUAAGUCAUGACCUUUUACUUGUGAAACUCCAUAACUUUGGCAUCAAAGGUAAUCUUCUUCGUUGGUUCAAAGAUUAUCUUUCUGGGCGUUUUCAAAGAGUCACUGUACAUGGUGUUACAUCUCAGUCGCUCCCAGUACUAUUUGGCGUUCCCCAAGGAUUAAUUCUUGGACCAAUCCUCUUUCUUAUCUACGUAAACGAUCUUCCCGAUAGCGUCUCUCAAGAUACUGCCGUGUCAAUGUUUGCUGAUGAUACUAAAUGUCAUCGCGCUGUUCGUAACCCCCAAGACAGAGAAAUCCUACAAUCAGAUCUUAACAAUAUUACGAACUGGUGUCAAGACUGGAGGAUGGAUUUAAAUAAAUCCAAGUGCGGAGUUCUUCAAUUUACUCGUUGUCUCCAACCUACUAUCAACCAGUACACAUUAGCUGACAUCCCAGUCAAACCUUUAACCUGUGUAAAAGAUCUUGGCGUAAGUAUCUCCAAAGAUAUGAAGUGGAACCAGCACGUGCAGGACUAA